AUGUGGCGAUUCACGAGCUACCCAUCUGAGCCAUACCUUUCAUCCGUCGCCGCUCAUCUCUUGCAUAAAACACCCGGGGCACUUACCACUGUCCUUGCUUGCCUCGAAGGCAAAUUGGACAGCGGAAUGAUCGCAGUAGGGCAAAGUGGGGAGCUGGUCAGUCGGCUCCUUUGGCUACUGGGGAAGGAUCUGUUUGCCACUCAAUCGUUCGACGAGACUACCACACGGAAUCAGGAGCUACUUUAUUGUCGCAGCAUUCCAGUGCUUCCCUUCCUCGAAUUUUUCUUUGGGAUGAAAUUUUGGCCUGCAGAUGACGAGCAGAAAACCGCCGCAAGAGAAGCAUUCAAGAAUGCUCGCAUCAAUUUCUCUCAUUGGGUCGCUAUGUCCGAUAAUAUUUCCAAGGAAGGCGUAAAGUGGAAUCCCCGCGAAUGGAUCUUGCGCCACUGGUAUAGAACAUGUGCAAUUCAAUGUUGUCAUGGACAGCCACGCACCGACAAGAUGAUUCCGAUGUAUUUCGACGACUUUUCCGGCAGGAACGAUCAAGAUCGGAUGUCCAGCAUUUUCAUCUCUGACAAAGCAGGAGAAAACGAUAGCCCACGCGAUGUCAAUUUCAUUGACCGUACUCACGACUCUAUUAAUUGUUCAACUUCACGGCCAUAUAUUGCAAUAACUCUUGAUCUAGGCGUCCAAGACGAAAGUAUUACGUCCACAUUCCCUACUUCAACAUCGGAACGGGUCAAUGCAGGCGUCGACAACCGCUGCCUGCGGAUAUAUGCUCGAGGGAUGAGUGCUGAGACAUAUCCCUUUCUGAAUAAGGUGGAAGGGCUGUUCCAGGUGAUGAAGCAGGUCGCUGUACGCGAGCGAGCGCCGCUGUAUCCAAGCCCGAUAGAAGCUCGCCUGCAGGAUCUUUUCAAGUACGGCAGUACAUCUUCUGAGCGGCACAUGAAAUGGGAAGCGGGUAGAGAUCCUCGUCUACUAUUCUCGACAGAGUAG